AGGUCCGAGUAAAUAAAUAGAUAAUUUCUGUUGAUUUCGGCGCGUCUACCCUUUCAAGUGCGAAAGUAUCCCGUGCCGCGCAAGUAUAAUAGGCGAUAGAUUCGGGCAUCGAUUUUUCGCGCGAAAACAAAAGUACUCGUACGGUGCGAUGACAUGUUGUGCUCUCGCACGUGUCAAACAUCCGCUCCGUAUUCACCACACAAUCGCGUCACACAGCGCUGCUCGAUUUACAAGUAUGUGUGCCAUAAUUAUCACACUCGCUCCGGUAUUUAAGCUUAAUAUACGCAAUCGCUUGCACUAUUGGAUGGAAAAUGGAGACGCAUUUGAUGCACACUAACUGUCUAAGAAGCGUCAGUUAGGAAGGUCAACAUGAGAGGAUCGGCGAUCGGAGCAGUGGUGGCGCCGCGACCCAGUCGAGGUCUACUCUGGCGCAGCCUGGCCUUCCUCUUCCUGGUGACGUUCCUCUGGCUGCAGCUGCACGUGAUCAAUCUGACUAGUCGCGACUGGUCCAAUCAAGCCGUUGUCAACGAGAGCCUCUACGCCCUCGUGCCCCAAGAGCUGCACAGGUUUCUCAAAGAUCGACGCAGCAAUGGAUCGGCCAGCGGCGCCGGUGGCGGCCAGGAAGGCGCGCGAGGCGUCAACAGCAGCCUCGGCGCUGGGCCUGGCGACCAGCUGGGCGAGGGCGGCAGCCUGACGGAGCGCGACAUCGACCGGAUACGGCGCGAGAUCGAGCGCGUCAACGCGGAGCAGCGCGUCCUGAACGAGGAGGCCUUCGGGCCCCUGGCCCCGGACGCGCCCGUCAUCGUCGUGCAGGUCCACGAUCGGCUCACCUAUCUGCGCCACCUCAUCAUCUCGCUGGCCCAGGCGCGCGGCAUCGAGCAGACCCUGCUCGUCUUCAGCCACGACGUCUGGAACCCGGACAUCAAUUAUCUCGUGCAGAACGUCGACUUCUGCCGAGUCAUGCAGAUAUUCUAUCCGUACAGCAUCCAGACGCAUCCCGACACUUUUCCCGGCGAGAGCCCCAACGAUUGUCCUCGCAACAUUCGCAAGGAGCAGGCCGCGCAGAUGGGCUGCACGAACGCCCAGCACCCGGACCUUUACGGACACUACCGCGAGGCCAAGUUCACGCAGACGAAGCACCACUGGUGGUGGAAGGCCAAUCGGGUGUUCGACCAGCUGACCGUGACUCGCAACCACACGGGCAUGGUGCUGUUCCUCGAGGAGGACCACUACGUGGCCGAGGACUUUUUGCACGUGCUCAGGCUUAUGGAGCGCACCUGCAAGCACAACUGCGAGCGCUGCAACGUCCUCUCGCUCGGCACCUAUCUCAAGACUUACAACUAUUACGCCGACGUUAGCAAAAAGAAAGAACUGCUGAGGGGUGGGAAAAAGCUGCAAAGUAAUGGUGCUGGCGUUAUAAGGCUGCACGGACAAGGUAUCGCUUUGGCGAAACCCACCCAGCCGAUUGUUGCCACUCCUUCUUGGGCCUAUCAACUUUUACCUGGCCUAUAUCAACAUUAUCAAAAGGUCGAAGUGAUACCUUGGAUCUCGAGCAAGCACAAUAUGGGCAUGGCGUUCAAUCGGGUAACUUGGAUGAAGUUGCGUAGGUGCGCCGCGCAGUUUUGCUCGUACGACGACUACAACUGGGACUGGAGUUUGCAGCACAUCGCCCAAACUUGUCUUCCACCGAGUCGCGGGGCCGGCGUUGCGCCCCGACUCGACUCGGGCCUCAUCACCAUGAUGAUGCGGGCCCCUCGAGUUUUUCACAUUGGCGAAUGCGGGGUUCACCACAAAAAAGCAAACUGCGAGUCAACGCAGGUCAUAGCCAAGGUUCAGAAUGUACUGCGGGCAGCUCGUAACCACCUCUAUCCGUCGCAGCUGACCCUCACGCUCGCCGCGGUCUCAAAGAAAACUAAGCUGCGCAAAGGCAACGGAGGCUGGGGUGACGUUCGCGACCACGAGCUCUGCCUGAACAUGAGCCAUCAAAACUCGCCCGGCUCUGCCGAAUUGCAGAAGAUAAUGAUGACGCAGCUUGUCUUCAAUCUCUAGUCGCGUCUCGAGUGCGGCACGCGCUACACCUCCUGCAAACGGAUCUGAAUAAGUGAUAAAAACCUUAGUGUCGAUUGUUACCAACGUAUCGCAUUAUAUAUUUAUGAAUUCGUAAAAAAGUACCAUGUGAAAUACGAGCGAAAAGAUCGUUUUAUUUGAAAAUUCGCCUUGUUAAGUGCAGCAAUCGAUCGACACAACGUUUAUAUUACGAUCUAACUUUUUAAAUAAGAUAUGCUUGAUUUUCUAGUCAAUGUGUGUGGCAUUGAUAAAUGGGAGAAAUGCAAGGCAGGACGCAGGUGCGUACCCCUGCUUUUAAUUAUCAGCGACUUUUGUAUUUCAUUGCUAUACGUUUGUGUUCAUGUACUAAUUGCAAAGACGUUUAACUGCGCCUAACUGGAAUUAAAUAUUGUUUAAACGAGAAUAUUGUUUUCAUCACAGCGUGCGGGAAAAUUUUUAAAUCGACUUCCUGCAUUCGAUGAUGAAAAAUACUAUACGUAAUUGAGGCAGUUGUUAAUCUUGCACUCCUGUCAAUGCAACCCUCGUUAUGCUCGGGCGGCAAACUAACACUCUUGCAAGAUAGACAACCAACCGCUUCAUUUACGUAAUGUACUAUUUACAGUGCUAUAUUAUUGAAGCAAUUAUUCAAUUCAAACAAGCCGUCGCUACGAAAAUAAUCAUUGUAUCCUUUGCAGGCAGUACUUUUUUGAAUGCAGAACGAGAAGCGUUGGGCAUUUUUUCUGUGAUUAGAAUGUUUUAUAACAAUCGUAUGUUGUUGCAAAAAUUCAACAAAGUCAUGUUAAUAAUAUUGCACACAUAUUGUACAUAUUGCAUCUAAACAUGUCAAAUUAUGUUGACAUAUUGAUGCGUUCAUUUUUAAAUUGGCUCUAACAACUUUUUAGCCAAAUUAAUGCUUGUUAAUAGUAAUAACAAGCGCUUUUUCGUGCGUUUGUAAUUUAGCGUAUUAAAAGUUAAUAAAUAAUGAAUUAUACACAAAUAGCCGAUACUGAUUCAUGUCAAGCUACUGAAAAUAUUACUUAAAAACAUUAAAUUACAAAAAAAUCGUGUAAUAUACUUUACACGCGUAUAUUUCAUCUUUACAUUAUCUUUAUGGCUUUUGAUAAAAAAGGUAUUGUUAGAUCUACUUGUUCUCCAAUCCCAAUGUAAACAUCAACUUAUAUAUUUUAUACAGGUGGAUCAAAAUCGGAUUUGUAAACCUGAAAGUAUUUGCAUUUACAAAAAAACUAAUAUUGGUUGAAUAUUAUGUAAUAUAUUUUAUUUACGUUGACUCGUGUUAUAAAGCGCACAUUUGAUUCA